GCGCCUGCGCAUUUGGUUUUCCACAUAGCUGCAUAACUAGGAAUACCUUUCUGUUAAACCCAAAACAGAGAGCGAAAAUAUUUGAUGUAAAGCUGUAUUCUUGCUUUAUAUUUUUAGCAUGGCCAGAUAUUUGAGACCUCCAAAUACAUCCCUUUUCAUCAGAAACAUUUCCGAUGAAUCCAGGCCUGAGGAUUUGCGCCGUGAGUUUGGUCGUUAUGGGCCAGUAGUAGACGUCUACAUUCCACUUGACUUCUAUUCACGCCGACCAAGAGGAUUUGCAUAUAUUCAAUAUCCUUUCCCUUCUAAAUUUGAAGAUGUGCGCGACGCUGAAGAUGCUCUGCACAACCUGGACAGGAAGUGGGUGUGUGGCCGACAGAUUGAAAUCCAAUUUGCGCAGGGAGACCGAAAGACACCCAAUCAGAUGAAAGGAAAGGAGGGGGGAUCUUCGCGCAGCUCUUCGCGGCAUGAUGAUCAGGAUUAUGAUCGGGACAGCCGUCGUAGGCGCUCUCGCAGCCGUAGCUACCAAAGACGGAGGUCAUGCAGCCCAUCCUACGAUCGCCGGCCCAGACGCUCUGAGAGUCCCAGAGACUCCCGUGGAAGGAUGUACGGCGGUAGAGGAAGAAGCAGGAGUCCGGAAAACGACAGGCACCGACCGCACCCACGUGACCACCGACGACCCCCCCCUGGGCAUUCCCCUCACAGCCAAUCCCGCUCCCCUUCUCACUCCAGAUCCAGGCCCAGGGCCCAGAGGGAGUCCAGAGGAAAGUCUCGUUCCCGCUCUAAGUCCCUGAGCCCACGAGAAGGCGACAUCCACCCAGCACCCGGAGGCUAUGAGCCGCAGGACGAUGCAUCGCCUCGUAUGCACUCCCCGUCCCGCUCGCAUUCUCGCUCCCUCUCACGGUCCCGUUCUCGCUCCAGGUCCUGGACAGAACGCAAGUCAGGGGGACACUAAAACAUGUUUGUUGGAUCCUUUUGAUUGUAGUUGUGUUCAAAAUGGCUUGCUGGAUAAUUGAAUGUUCAUGGAACGGUUGUUGGUUGGUUUGUCAAAAUGAUCUUCCUUUGUAGUUUUUUGCUUCUUUUUUUUUCGUUUUUUUUUUAUGGAUGACAAAAGAGAAACACAAUAUCCUGUUUAAAUCAGUCCCAGAAAUGUCACCUUUUUUAUAUUUACACACCCUCCGUUUCUAGUCAUUAUAUCCAAUACACUGAGUGUACGAAACAUUAGGAAUAGCUUCCUAAUAUUUAAUUACACCCCCCCCCCCCUUUUUGCCCUCAGAACAGCCUCAAUUCAUUGGGGCAUGGACUUUACAAAGUGUUGCUAGCCCAUGUUGACUCCAACGCUUCCCACAGUUGUCAAGUUGUCUGGAUGUCCUUUGAAUGGUGGACCAUUCUUGAUACAAACAGGAAACGGUUGUGUGAAAAACCCAGCAACAUUUCAGUUCUUGAUACAUUCAAACCGGUGCGUCUGGCACCUACUACCAUACCCUGUUCAAAGGCACUUAAUUCUUCAUCCCUUGAAUGGCACACAUACUCAAUCCAUGUCUCAAUUAUCUUGAGGCUUAAAAAUCCUUCUUUAACCCGUCUCCCCCCCUUCAUCUACACUGAUUGAAGUGGAUUUAACAAGUGACAUCAAUAAGGGAUCAUAGCUUUCACCUGGUCAGUCUCGUGGAAAGAGCAGGUGUUCCUAAUGUUUUGUGCACUCAGUGUAUAAGCGUUAUGCCUUUCAGAAGACAGGGCUAGAAGUACUGUAUAGGCCAAGAUCAAGUACCGUGAUUCAAUCCAAUCAUUGUUUACCGUGAAUGAGGGAACAUUGCCUUGAAAAGCGGUAAUCGGAUUGAAUCCCUGCCCUUGUCGCUAAAAUACUUACCUUCACCUUCCUGUCAAGUACAUUAGGCCCCAGCUUUCAGUUGGUAUGCUUGAAGUGUAAGUUACCUGGGGUGUAAUCAUUAGUUCAAAAAGUUUACUCAAAUGGAAAACGUUUUGCAACGAAUACUUUAAUUUGGUUCUGUUUGUUUCCUAGUGAAACAUACCCCUGGCCUGUGAAAGCCACGAGCCACUACGGUAGCACCGUUUAUUUUCUACCAACAUUUGUUUACGAUUUGUUCAGCGAUAGACAGGCCCAUGUAACAUUGACUUGUCCUAUUUGAUUUGAUCAAUUCUGGAAGCCAUCAUGUCAGUAGCCUCAAAUAUCAACUCUGAAGGUUUCUAAAUUUGAUCAAGUUGCCGGUGGUUUGUACAUGGUCUUCUGUAUGUUUUGACAUUUCAGGAUCUUGAUCCUUCGCUUUGUUAAUACUCCAUACUUUGCUAAAACGGUUCCCAUGAUGGCUUGUAUUAUUCUAUAUGCUUGUUUUUUCCUAAAACAACUCAAGUGUAGUCUUCCUUCCAAAUAUGUCAGUUAUGCUCUACUGUUUAUGCAACUAUUUUCUUGGAGAGUAAUAAAUGCUUGAAGUCAGUCACCUUUUAAGCCAAUUUA